CCGCGCCCGCUCGGUGACCCGGUCCUCCCGCCGACGGCCGCGCCGGUGGAGCGUGGUCCCCUGCACCCCUGUGCCCUGGCCUCCGUGCCAGCCCCGGGGGCACGAGGCUCGCUGCUUCUCGCCUUGGUGGGCCACGUCCCGGCGGCCGUGCCCGGGGUGCGAGCCCAUCGUGACUUCGCGAGCGGGAGUGGAAGUUGGCGGGGCCCGGGGGUGCGUGUGAGUCUCCGUUCUCGGCCCAGCAGGAGCUCUUCGUUCGCUCAGCAGGCUCUGGGGUUGGGAGUCAGCGCGGGAGGUCUGGACCUCACUGCCCUGGAGAGUCUGGGAAGUGACCAAGUUCACUCCUGGACACUAGUUCCAAGCCAGGCCCUAGAUACUGCCUGGCGCAUAGCCAGGGGCUCUGUGAUGCUGGCCGUGUCGCUGCUGGUAGCUACCCUGUGCUACUUCAGGAGGCUGCAUUUGUAUUUAGGACACCGGCUGAAAUGGUGGAUUGGAUAUCUGCAGAGGAAAUUCAAAAGGAACCUCAGCGUGGAGGCAGAAGUUCAUUUGCUCAGUUAUUGCGCAAGAGAAUGGAAAGGAGAAACACCCCAUGCCAAGCUGAUGAGGAAGGCUUAUGAAGAGCUGUUCUGGCGACACCAUAUUAAAUGUGUUCGACAAGUGAAGAGAGAUAAUUACGAUGCUCUGAGAUCGGUGUUGUUUCAGAUAUUCAGCCAGGGCCUUUCUUUCCCGUCCUGGAUGAAGGAAAAGGACAUUGUUAAGCUUCCUGAAAAACUGUUGUUUUCACAAGGUUGUAACUGGAUCCAGCAAUACAGUUUUGGUCCUGAGAAGUAUACAGGUUCCAACGUGUUUGGAAAAUUACGUAAAUGUGUAGAACUGUUGAAAAUGCAGUGGACUGAAUUUAGUGGAAUUAAGGACUAUCACAAGAGAGGAAGCAUGUGCAACAUCCUUUUUUCCGAUGCCAUUCUGGAAUAUAAGCUUUAUGAAGCUUUGAAGUUCAUCAUGCUGUAUCAAGUCACUGAAGUUUAUGAACAAAUGAAGACUAACAAGAUCAUUCCAAGUCUUUUCAGACUCCUGUUUUCCAGAGAGACAUCAUCAGACCCUUUGAGCUUCAUGAUGAAUCACCUUAAUUCUGUGGGCGACACGUGUGGAUUAGAGCAGAUUGACAUGUUUAUACUGGGAUACUCCCUUGAAGUGAAGAUAAAAGUGUUCCGGCUGUUCAAGUUCAACUCCAGAGACUUCGCAGUGUGCUAUCCACAGGAGCCUCUCAGGGAGUGGCCAGAGAUCUCUCUGCUGACUGAAAAUGAUCGUCACUACCACAUUCCUGUCUUUUAAAUCUGCCGUGGACCAGGCACAGGCUCUUGCUGAUGACAGUGGUCAUACGUAAACACAGUAUUUUUGAAAAGCCAAAGCUAGCAUGUCAGCCCUGGAAGGAAUUAGGACCUUUGCUCUGGAAUUACAGGUACACUAGAUGACGAAUGCGUGACUGAUUUUCCUUCCUUGCUUGAUGGUUUCCUCAAAAGCAGCUGCACUGGUAUCACUGGGGUUGGUAACUUGAUCUUGUUCAGGCCGGGUCUGGUCACGUGACAGCAGCGGGCCUUCACUACACAUGGAAGUUCAGUAUGGACAAUGGAAGGCCGAAAGUGAGGAGAAAAUAAGAAGGGGAGAAUGGCCAACCUGGAAAGAAAGAAUCUCUUUGUCUCUGACCUGUGCAGUCUUUAUUAGGAAUCUCAUCUUGGGCUGAUUUUGGAUCCCCAUAAGCAUGGCCAUAUUUUAUAAGCAUUACCUUUCUGGGAAUCUCUGUUGUGUGUUCAUUUUCUAGAACCACUUGAUUAACGUUCAAAUUCUGUGUAUAUGUAUAUAUGCCUAUACACUUAUAUAUACAGAUAAAAUGAUAACCACUACUUUGUAAUACUGUACAGUUUGUUGUAUCCCUCAACUUUUUUGUCACUUGUAUUUGGCCAUUUUAAUGAGUUUUGUUUAGACAAAAAGAUAAAUUCUGUGGAUUAAAACAACUGAAUGACAAUUAUUGAACUGUCACAAAAAUAUUAAUUUUGUGGUGUAUUUCGUGUAUAUUUACGUGUGUAUUUAAUGAGAAGACUCUCAUGAUGGCAGGCUAAAUAAUGACGCCAGACACAGAGGUUGCUGUACCCUAAUCCCAGAACCUGUGAAUGCAUUGGGUUAAACGGGAAAGGAGUCUGAAGGUGGCAGCGGAAACUAAGGUACUAAUCUGCUGACCUUGAGGAGAGAUUGUUCUGGAUUCUGCAGCUGGGCCUAUUGGAAUCAAAAGUGAAAGAGGAACGAGGAAGAGUGUCAAGAGUCGGGGAGAGAGAGGCACCGUUGCUGGCUUUGAAGCUGGAGGGAGUGCUGGGACCCCGAGAAGCUGGAAGAGGCUGGGGCGGAAGAAGCCCAGCCCAUCCAGCACCUGGACGUCCGCCCAGUGAGACGCAGGUCUGACUUGGAACCCGCAGGACUGUACGUGAGGGUCGCAGGUCAGCGUGUAGGCCACCGAGUCUGUGGCAGUGCUGCACAUAUUCUCAGGGUAAUUUUUGGUCCUCUUUAUUUUGGAAGUUCUUUUCUACUUCACCUUGCUAAUCUUUAUUUUGGAAGCACUUUGCUCAUCUGUUUUGAGUUUCAAUAAGUACAAAACAAUUUUUUUAAAUUUUGCUAAUGCCAUACCACUUCAAAGUCACACAUCCUCUCUAACAAGUAAGUGAUUUGCUUAACAGGGUGUUUGGUGCUAACAUUCUUCCACAUGUUCGUAUUCAAUAAAUUUUUUUAAAAAACUUA